CCGAGUUUCCCAAGAGAAAGGACUCCUGAGAGAGACAGAGACUGAAAGUGGUUGCGUCAUUGUCAUGUGACUUGGUAAUUUAUCGAUAAGGGAUUUCGCGUUGCCGAGCCGAAAAAGCGUGUUGUGGUUUGUGUUGUGGGUAACACGGAGGAGAGGGUUAUUCCGAAGACGCGCCAACAGGCAACAGUUCAGCAUAUCAGCUGGAGCCUCGUUAGGCUUCACACUGGGUUACGCGGCUUUUUGUUCGUCUGUUAUUCGCGUUACAGGAGAAGAGGGGAAUGGCGCCUGCACCGCCUGGGAGCCAAAUUGCUCCAUUGCCAUCGAAUCUCCCGUUUCGAAUCAUCAGCAAGACGAUUGGACAGGGUGCCUAUGCAUCAAUUCGCAAAGCAUGUCCCCUGCAUGCCCCAAAGCCCGUCAUCGCCGUCAAAUUCAUCAACAAAGAACAUGCCUUCCGACAAGGUCGUCUGUCCCCAAAGCAGCUGAAGAUGGAGAUAACCCUGCACACCCAUCUCGGAAAACACCAAAACAUCAUCCACUGCGUGGGUUCCGGCGAAGACACCAUUUGGACUUGGAUUGCUAUGGAGCUUGCCGAGGGCGGCGACCUCUUUGAUAAAAUCGAAGCCGAUGAAGGUGUUGGAGAACACAUUGCGCAUUUUUACUUUACCCAGCUAGUGUCGGCGGUGAGCUUCAUGCACAGCAAGGGUAUUGCACAUAGAGAUAUUAAGCCCGAGAAUGUGCUUUUGAGUGGGGAGGGGGAUUUGAAGUUAGCGGAUUUUGGACUCGCGGCGCUAUUCAAGAAGGAUGGGGCUUUUAGACUGUGUAAUACGGUUUGUGGGAGCCCGCCAUAUAUCGCUCCGGAGAUUGUGGGUGGCAGGAGAAGUAAGAGAGCGGAUCUACUGGAUGCUGGGUACGCGGCAAAUCUGUGCGAUAUUUGGAGUUGUGGGGUUGUGUUGUUUGUGUUGCUCGUGGGGAACACUCCCUGGGACGAACCAACAAUGCGCAGUGAGGAGUUCAAGGAAUACGUCGAGACAAAUGGUCGGACUACCGACGAGCUCUGGCAAAAGAUUCCUCCCGAGAUUGUGUCGCUGCUCCGCGGCAUGCUCAAACUAGAUCCAGCAUCCCGCUUUACACUCGACGAAAUCCGGACACAUCCCUGGUUCACAAAAGAGAACCCUUACCUCUCACCUAAUGGGACUAACGCAAAUCCAAUCGGCCUGGCUACACAGAUGCUUUCCCAGCUUCGAAUAGAUUUCUCGCAAGACCCAACGGCUUCCCAACAGCGCGGCGGGACUCCCCAGGACUCAGAUGCAAUGGACAUUGACUCCUUCCCUCGACGCUCACAUGCCCACCCCGCAAACAUCAACAUGAUGAUAUCUUCCACGCAGCCCGAAACCCCUGUCGCUGAAACUCCAUUCGAUUGGGAACGACCACCUCGACUAGGCACGCACGAUGGGAUUUCUGCAUCACAGCCGGCUAUCGGGAAUGGCCAUCGUCCGACAUACCAAUCGCAGCCGCUUACCCAGACGCCAUUCCUAAGCCAGUUUCCGUCCAGUACUCAGGAUUUGCUGUCCCAGGAUCCGAGUUUGACGCAAUUCACACCCACACCCUCGGUCCCACUAACUCUGACGCAAGCGGCUCGUAAAUUCAAAGACGUCCUGCCUAACUACUCGCUCGCGCGCUUCCUGUCGCCACUCUCACUCUCGCUCCUCAUCCCCCUUCUCACCGAAGCCCUACACCGUCUAGGUGUCCCAGUUCCAUCAUUCGGCGACGAGCAAGUCGAGCAGUGGGAGAGAGAUGGUGAAGCGAGUGUGAGAGUUAAGAUGGCGGAUGGUAGACGUCAGGGGUUGAAUGGACAUUUGGUUGUGGAGAAGGUUGUCUUUGGGGGCGAGAGGAUGUGUGAAGUCAGGUUUGUGAAAGCAAGUGGAGAUCCACUGGAGUGGAGGAGGUUUUUUAAGAGAGUAGUUGUUUGUGUCGGAGAUGUAGUUUUGAGGCCUGGGUAAUUUUGGGGGGGUUAGGGAGAUGGGAAGGGUACGAGUCUACGCAAGUGGCAUGUGGUAUGAUUAAGUGGAUGUAAUUCGAAUUUGCAUUGGAUGAAUGUCUUAGAUGUGUAUUGUGGCCGGCUGGAUUUCACAUAUUACGCAGCAUGGAUUGCUGCGCGUUAAGGACUUCACUCAGGGAUCAAAUAGAGU